UGUCAGGUUUGUUAGUGAAAGUUUAUCAGCUUCUGGUCAAAGAGAAUCAUUAGAAUUAAGUGACUUGAAAGAAAAAUGUGGUGAAAUUGCAGAGCACAGUGAAUCUGUCUGUGAAGAUCCAUCUGAAAACAAUAGUAUUCCUCAUGAAGAGGAAACAAUUUCAACUAACAAAACAACAGAGCUGGCAGACAAUGCAGAGGCUGAAACCUGUGUUGAAAGGUUGGAACUGGAAACAAAUAUUCAACAUGCAACGGGGUCGUCUGCAGUUGAAGAACAGUCCGCUGGUGAAGAUAGCAGGUCUGAGUCUAGUUCCAGUAAACCUGAGAAAUUGAGGUGCCAAUAUUGCUCAAAAAAAUGCUCUUCAAGGAAAAGUCUAAUUAGGCAUGAACGAUGUCACCCUUAUGGCACAGCUGCUAUGAAAUGUAACCUUUGUUUGGAAGUUGUUAAAAACUACAAAGCUCUAAAAGCACAUAAGAAAAACCUAGGAAGUCAAGUAUCAUGCAGCACAUGUGAUCAAAUGUGUCCAAAUGAAAUUUGCCUAUCUUGUCAUGUCAGAAACGUUCACAAUAACUCUGUGUAUGAAGUGUACACUAUAGAUGAUGCCUCAAAUGAUGAAGGAGAGGAGGAAGGCAGUGAGAAUUAUGGAUACUCUGUCUCUGUAAGUGAUCCUGUGGCACCUCUACGUAUUACUAUCAAACAAGAAAAAGAGGAAGUCUAUGAAAGACUAGCCUCACCAUCCUAUUCAGAUUCGAACCCUCCAACACCUCCUACUCCUUCAUUUCAAGUCCCUCCAACACCCUCACCCCCUGCCGUGUACGAAUCCGAGCAUUCUGAUGAGGAUGGGGGAGAGGAGGAGGAGGAAGAUGAAUAUGAACCUUAUGCUUCAGAUGAGUCUGUUGGUGCUCGAAAGGGUAAAAAGUCAAAGCGAAAAUCAUUGCGAUCUACUCGUAGGUCUUCUGCCAAUAGCACUCGAUAUUCUUUAUCAAGUGAGGAAAGUGAUCAUGACGAAUCUGGAGACUUUAGUUAUAGUCCUCAAAGCCUUUCUGAGAGUGAUGAAGGUUCAGGUGAUGCUGAGUGGGAACGUCCUGAAAAUUUAUCUGGCACUUCUAAACGCAAAACUCGUAAGAAAAAUCAAAUCAGUGAUGAUGACUCGGAUGUAGAUCCAGAUUGGAGGAAGACCAAGGGUUCUUCCAGCAAUAACAAAAAAAGAGGAAAACGUAAAAGAGGCCCUCUCAGUGACGAUUCAGAAAAUGAUGUAAGUUGGGGAGUGGCUCAAAAUUCUUCUCGCAGCGUUAAAAAGAAGUCAUUGAAAAGAAAGGAUAUAAGCAGUGAUGAUGAUUCAGAUUAUGAUCCAGACUGGAAUAGAGAUGAAAGCGCCCCAAAAGUUAUUAAAAAGAAGCCCUCAGGAAGAAGAGGGAGAAAGAAGAAAUUACAAGUACAGUUUUUCCUACCCGCAAUACCAGUGCCAAAGGUAAAUCGACCGAGAGCAAAAGGAAUUAUUGGUCAAAAGGCUCAAGAUGCAGCUGCUGCUUUAGCUCAAGCAGUUGAGGAUAUGGAGACAACAGUGCCUGAAUUGAAGACAGUUAUAAAACCUGUCCGCAGGUCUAUUACUAAGGCAUCAUUGAAACGCUACAAUGAGACCCUAGAUGAUGAGGAUGAUGAGUAUGUUCUGGACGUAAAGCCAGAACCCAAAGAUGUUGAAGACUCUCCUCAAAGUGUACAAAACCAAGUUCAGAUCGAUUCACAGGCUGAAAUUCAAAGAACUGGAAAUAAUGAGUUUCCUAAUGGAAACUCUCAGCCUCAGUCGGAUACUUCUCAAACAGCUAAAUCUUGGGAAGACGAAAAGGAAGAACAAGUAGUUAUAAAAGCAGAACCAUAUGAUUUCCAAGAUGAUGAUCAAAGCACAGAUCUAUAUUUCAGUAGGAAAUUUUGUGAGAACAACACAAUUUAUGAAAAUAGCAACAGUCCUACCGAAAAACCUGAUUCUGAAGCUGGAGAUAUUUCUGAUUCUAAAAAAGAGCUAAGAUAUGUUUGCAAAAUGUGUGGUCGUGCACUGCAAUAUCGGUCACAUCUUAUUAGGCACUUACGCAGAGUUCAUGAUGGUGAAGGUGUUGAGGAAGUGAUGCGUCGUAUGAUGAAAUGUCGUUUCUGUGACAAACCAUACACUAAUGAGCUCAGCCUCAUCAAUCAUGAAAAACUGCAUGAUGGUACUAGUAAAAUGAAGUGUAAUAAAUGCGAGGAACGUUUUGAUGACAAGAAUGCACUUCGUAGACAUCAACGAAAAACUCAUUGGGAACAUGCUCCAGUUGAAUGUGAAAUUUGUAAAAAGCAGUUGUCAGAUAACACAUGUCUUAAAGCACACAUGAAACAUAUGCAUGGAGCUGAGGAGAAAAAAGUUACAAUUUUCACGUGUGAAACAUGUGGUAGGAAGCUUCACACAAAAACUGCUUUCCAGAAUCAUGUUGCAAGUAAAUGUGGGACCAACUUGCUCUUCCCCUGUGAAACAUGUGGAAAAUCGUUUUCAUUCAAAGGUUCACUUAAAGCUCACCAAUUGCUUCAUACUGGAGUUAAGAGCUUCUUGUGCAAAUUUUGUGGUAAAUCUUUUCAUCAGAAAGGAGAAAUGAAAAGGCAUGAGAGAAAACACACAGGGGAGAAACCUUUCAUUUGUGAAGUAUGUGGUCGAGCUUUUGCUUAUCGAGAAAGCUUGUUGGGUCACAGUGCUGUACAUACAGGAUCUGGAAGCCAAACUGAAAAUCCUGAACAGUCCACAGAAGUAGAAACGCCUCAGGAAGAUAAAAAUGGUAGCCAACCUUCAGCUGCAGUUGAAGGUAUCAAUGUUUUGUCAGGUACAGUGAAAUUUUCUCAAGCCAGUAGCGCUUCAAGUGAGGGCCAUAUUUCAUUGAACGAACCUAAAACAUCGCCAACUGAAGGCUGUGCUAUCAGGCAGGAAAAUAACAAUAAGCAGGUUAUAGAGCAUUCUAUCACUAUUACUCAGACUCAACCUCAGAAUGUUCAAACAAAUGUCGUCACUAUCUCUCAUAUAACUCCCACCCAAAUAUCUAGUGUUAUUAAGUCAACCCCAAUAAUACAUGUAAAACCCACUUCUGCAUUACAAUCUCUUCCCAAAGAAACUAAGACCACAACUGAUGGCACUCAGACCCAUGGAAAUUCAAGUAAUGUGAGCAAUCGCUCAGCUACCCAGUUUAAUCAAAUGCAUAUAGCUAAUGAAAAGAAUGUGACCCCUCAGAGUAAUUUCAGCACAAGCCCCUAUGUUGAAAAUAGUUUUAGACAAGGAAAUCAGGUUAAUCCAAAUGAUAGACGCUUUGCUCAAUUUAAUAUGGAAAACUAUGCUGGAAGAACUGAUCAGUACUUUGACCGUCAGUCUCUAGUCCGACAUGAAUUGGGUAGGCAGGUUAUGCCAGUUGAUAGGCAGCCCACUAGAUUUUUGGAUUGGACUGGCGGAGUUCAGUUUGCUGGCAUAGACAGCAGAAAUGUCAUGCAGAGCUAUCCGGCUGCUUCCAUUCCACACACUGCUGGUUACCCAAAUCUUCAUUCUAGCCAUCUAGGGAAUUAUGCAGCUGCUCACACGGCUAGCCAUUCAAACACUCACGCUAGUGUGUACGGAGGUAAUGGCAUGAUGCCUGGACCAGUGGGUUUCCCAGCAUUCACUACUAAUAAUCAAAUUGGGAUGGGAUACACAGCUAAUAAUAUUCCUGCUCAUUCGGUUACCCACUCAAAUUCAUAUCCAGUGUCACAUAUGAGUCACCUUGAAGCUCUAUUUGGUCACUUCACUCAUCCAAGCGGCACUGUUAAUAAUAGUUUUCCUCGACUCUCAUCUCAUAAUGUAGGUAAUCCAGGUAAUCCAUCAUUACCUGGAAACCAUCGAGUGUGAACCAUUUACAAAAGUAAUGGUGGCUGUGUUAGUUAGUCAUCACAGGUAUACCAUAUUUUAGUUUUUAAAUGGAAAUACAUACUAUAUUUAUUGUU